AUGGGGCCGCCAGAGGGGAAAGGGGUGACCGUGGGUGGUGUGUUCCUGCUCACCACGAUCAUGGCGGCCAUGAGCGGGCUCGGGGCGAUCCCGUUCUUCUUCGUCGGUCGGCUCUCGCCGCGGAUCGCAUCGCUGGGAAACGCGGUGGCCUGCGGGGUCAUGCUCGCCGCGAGCUUCGACAUGAUCCACGAGGGUGGACCCUACGGCGGAUUCUACGUCGUGUGCGGCGUGUGCGCGGGGGCGGUGUUCAUCUCCAUCAUGCAAGGGUGGCUGCACGGCGCCGAGGACGUCAAGUUCGAGAUGCUCCGAGGCGCGGACGCGCGGAAGACCGUGCUCAUGGUGGGGAUCAUGGCGGCGCACGCCCUGGGCGAGGGAUCCGGCGUCGGCGUGUCCUUCAGCGGCGCCAAGGGAUGGGCGCAGGGCCAGCUCAUAACCUUGGCCAUCGGCGUCCACAACAUCCCGGAGGGCUUGGCUGUCGCGACGGUGCUCGCGGCUAGGGGCGUCUCUCCCUGGAAGUGCGCGGCGUGGUCCAUCCUCACGUCCAUGCCCCAGCCCCUCGUCGCCGUCCCGGCCUUCGUCUUCGUGGAGACGUUCCAGGCGCUGCUACCCUUCGCCAUGGGGUUCGCGGCGGGGUGCAUGGUGUGGAUCACCCUGGCGGAGUUACUCCCGGAUGCGCUGGAACACGCGGGGGGCGGGGAGGUGGCGACGUGGGCCACCGUCGCCGCCGCCGCGCUGGAGGGCUUCCGGAUGUACACGUCGUACCUGGAAAACGACGACGGGAGCUUCGAUUCGCCGUUCAAGCCCGCCGAGCCCGCGCGCGUGCCGGACGUGGUUUUGGCCGCGUCGGAUCCGAUCCCGUCAACGUUGGGCGACGCGACUUUCGACGGCGGCGCGCCAGCUGUGAACGCGGUUCCCACGAACGCGGUUCCCGUCGGCUCGUCGUCGAACGACGCGACCGACCCGAUGCCGCGCUCCUUGCCCAACAUACACGCCGUCGUCGGUUCGACGAACGCCGACGCGCUCUUUCCCGCGGCGCUGGCGUGCCUGGCGGUUCCGCUGGCGUGCCUCCUCGCCGCGUUUUUUCUCCCGAAACUGUUCGGCCCGGACGUUCUCACCCCCAGGCGCCGUCGGAGGUACGGCCGUGGUACGACCGGAACGGGCCUCGGGGACGGGCUGUUGGACCGCGGCGUGGAUUCGUCCCAGGUGCUGGACGUCGCGGAGCUCAUGGCGGUGGCGGCGGGGGCGAGCGCGAUGACGGCGACGAUGAGGCUCGCCGGCGUCGUUCACAGGUGCCGCGUCGGCGACGCCCCUUGGGCUGCCGCGCUCGGCGGUGCGUGCCUCGGGUACCUCGCGUACCACCUCGCGGCGGAUAAGUUCACGAGGACGAGUUCCGGGAGGGGGGGGAGGGACGCGGGGCGGGAGGAUAGGAAACGAAGGGAGCGGCGGAACGGUUGGGCCGACGGGCCGGAAUCCAACUCGGCCGCCGCGGACGACUCGAACGGGCACCGCGACGACGACCUUCGGGUCAACGGCGAUGUUGGAUCGCACGGAUCGACACAGGAUCGCGGGGACGCCGCGGACGGGACGGUUCGCGCCGCCGCCGGCGUGCUCCUCGUGGCUCUGGCCGUCUUUGCCGCCGCGGAGGGCCAGGCGCUCGCCGCGGCGACGUCGGUUCUGGGGGGACACGUGGCGCUUCCAGCGGCCAUCCGCGGGGCGCCGCGCGCGCUCGGCGCGGCGUGCGCUGCGGCGGCGUCGGGACAGGGUCGGUGGUCGGUGGCGUGGUCGGUGUUUGGAGCCGCGGCGCUCGAGCCCGUGGCGAUGUUCGCGGCGGCGUUUUUUGGGGAUGCGAGAGACGGGGAUGGGGCAAGCGGCGUGGCGUUCCUGGACCCGUCCGCCAGCGUUGGGAUCGAGGCGUUCGCGGGUGCGAUGUUGAUGGCAGCGGCGGUGAGUACGGUGCUGCCGGUGGCGAGGAAGCGGGGUGAGCGCGCGAUGAAGAUGGGUGAGCCGGACCGGGCGUUUGGCGGGUUUGGGCUCGGAACCUUCUUUUCGCUGGCGACCGUCGUGGUCGUCGGGUCGCUGUGCUGGCAGACGCCCUACUGCGACAGGAGAUGGUGA